GGGACCUUUUCUAUUUUGCUUUCAAUCAUUGAAUAUUUUUGGAUCACAACUCAUACUUCUCUCUCUCAUUUGGGGUUCAAAAAAAGAACAGAUUUUUAUAUUUAGGAGAAUCAAAGGGUUCAUAUUUUUUGAUCAUACAAAUGUGUGGCCAUCCAUUCAUUUCAUUUUCUUCUUUUUUUUUUUUUCCCAAUUUUAAUAUCUCUUAGAAAUAAAUAAAUAAAUAAAAGAGCUUGCUUUUCUGGGUCCAGCCAAGAAGGAAGAGAUAUUUUUUCUUGCCUUGAUUCCCACUUUCUCUAAAGAUAUUUUCUUUAAAUAUAAUUACAAUAAUUAUAUAUCUAUUCCCACCUUUCAAAUAAUAUCUCUUUAAGAAAAGGGUUUUUCUUUGGUUUGGAUAAUCUUUUCUUUGGCUGAUUUUUUGAGGAAAUCUCAAAAGGAACAAGAUAAGAUUCAAACUAUGCUGCUUAGGAGUUCAUCAACACCAGUUCUUGGAUCCCUUCUCCAAUCUUUUGCUGAAAGUCCAAAUAAUAUUAUGACUAUUUAUAAUAAUUCAAAUAAUAAUAAUAAUAGUCACAAUAGUCCCAACAACAAAUUUGGUUUUCUUCAAAAUGGGUAUCUAAAUCUCUCUUCAGUUUCUUCAAAUUCCUCACCAAUUGAUAGCCAAGUUAAGAAAAAUUGCUUGGAAAGAACUCAAUCUGAAGGUAACUUAGAGGGAUUAUUAGGUUACGAGUUACCAGUUACCAAAAUGUUUCCAAGGAGGCCUAAGUGCUUGAUGCUUCAAACCAUACCUUCUUUCUCAUUUCGAAAUUCUAAUGGUAAGAAUGAAUAUGAAGAUGAUGAUGAUGAUGAUGAAAGAGAAGAGUUAGAAGAAGAUGUUGAUGAAAGGGAGAUGAAAAGCAAUGGUCUUGGUUUGGAGAAUGUGAUGAUGAUGAUGAAUUUUAAUGAGGAUGAUAUGACUAGUAUGGACAAGAUUUGGAGUAUGAGUAGUUUUGAACAAGAAAAUGAGAGGAGGGUGUCUCAUAAAAUGCGGGUUGUUGAGGUUGGUGGUGGCGGUGGCCGCGGUGGUGGUAAUGGCAAUGGUGGUGGUAAUGGAGACUUUAGUCCAUAUGGUUCAGGUGGGAAUGAAUGGGAUAAGCAAGGGUUUGAAGAGUAUUACAAGAAAUUGGUUGAGGAAAAUCCUGGAAACCCUUUGUUCCUUAGAAACUAUGCUCAGUUUCUAUAUGAGGCAAAGAGAGACCUUAAAGGAGCUGAAGAAUAUUACUCAAGGGCAAUUUUAGCAGAUCCUAAAGAAGGUGAUAUGUUAUCACAAUAUGCCAAAAUAGUAUGGGAAUUACACCAUGACCAAGAAAGAGCUGCAAGUUACUUUGAAAGAGCUAUUCAAGUUUCUCCAAAAGACAGCCAUGUUCAAGCUGCAUAUGCAAAUUUCCUUUGGGAAACAGAAGAUGAUGAAGAUGAGGAGGAUGACGACGAUAUGGCGGGAGAGCUUCGCGCCAUGACUGCUAAUAUUCGUCAAGGAACCAUAGCUUCUGCUUAGAAAGAAAAGAAGGGAUGAUCUUCUUUCUUAUAGUAUAGCCUUAAAAAUGUGUGUUAACCCCAAAUGAAGAGACAAAAAGGAUUAGAAGAAAGAAAUGCAUAUAGGUACAACAAAUCCGUACAUGUGACUUGAGUGAAUUAAUGGAGAUUAUUGUGUAUAAUAUGUCACUGUAUUACUAAGAGUAAUUUCUAUUAAUAUGUGUGACUGGAACAUUCAGUAAUUACAGUCCCCAUUAGUAUGUAAAGACCUUAAAUCCCCCUUCAAUACAACACCAAAAUCAUAUAUGUCAAAAAAACAGUUUAGUACCAAAAAUCCCAAAAACAUAACUUAUCGUGUUAAUACUUUUGUAAGAUGUAAUAUUAUUGGUGCAACUUAAUAUAAAAGGGAAAUUUGAUUUUCUAUACUUAGAAAAUCAAAAAAUUUGAUUUCUAAA